CAGACGUAGAUGAACGUACUGCUCACAAUACUUCAUUUCAUUCCCACUCUACACACCUCCAUAAACCUUGUCAUACACUCCCAGCCUAUCUACUUCAAAUCAUACACCCUAUCAACCGUAUCAUCCCCGUACGAUACGUUCACCCUCAACAACGGCAUGCUAACAAUAGGUGACAAAGCGUUGUGCCAUCGUUACGGUUCAACCACAGUAAAUACGUGCACGAUAGACCACAACGAUAGAAGAAUGCUAAAAAUACGAAUGAUCGGUGGAUGCACACGUAUCGGUACGAAUGGCAUGUGUGUGAGUGUGAAUGGUGGAAUGGUUGGUUUGAGAGAGUGUGGGGGAGUGGGACAGUGUGCAUUGGUACAGAAUGUGGAGGAUGAGAGUGAUGAUGGUGAUAAGAAUGGUAGAAGUGUUCGUGUUGGUGGUGAUGGUGGUGAUGUGAACAGUGGGAGAAGGUAUGGGGCGGGAUAUGACGAGAAAGGAAUGGUAAAUUUGAAUGGACGGGACAGUAGGAAAGGAAGUAACAGAGAAAUGGUAGGAGAUGAGAAUGAAGGGAGCGGGAAGGAAGGGAGUGGGAAGGAAGGGAGUGGGAAGGAAGGGAGUGGCAAUAAAAACAGCAGUGGCAAUAAAAACAGCAGAGGCAAUAAAAACAGCAGUGGCAAUAAAAACAGCAGUGGCAAUAAAAACAGCAGUGGGAAUGAAAAUAGCAGUGAAAACAGCACAGCAAUUAAUAAUGAACAAGCAAACGAUGCCAAUACAUCAACAGUAACCGGUACAAGUCCCUUCAACUCACAAUCAUACGAUCUGUCACGUGUACAGCAGUCCUUAGAUGAUGCAUUUCACACCAUCACCGAGACAAAUCCAGAAAUAGAGGUUAAUAUCAAACGGGUCAUUCCCAAGUGUUUUAAUGGGUACGAAAGUAUGGAUGAAUAUUUAAGGGAUGUACUUCCGAAUGUAAGGAAGAUGAGAAAGAAGUAUUGUUAUAAUGAAUUUUAUGAUAUAGGGGGAUGAUACGUCAUGGUAAGAGUAAGUAAUGAUUGGUAGGUAUUAACAAAUAAAGCAAUGCAUUA